AUGGAUACUAUUGCUAACGCAGAAAUUAACAAAGAAUAUCGAGCUGCGAUCGAAGAGAUAAUACAACAGCCGCUUUUGGCCGGCAAAAAUAAUGUGGAAGCUGUAUCAGCCGCGGCGGAGAAGCCCGCGAAAACACCGGCGCAAAAGGCGAUGAGAAAGACUUUCAAAGGGACGGCUCAUCUGGCGAACCUCCUCCCGACGGGGUCGGUCCUGGCGUUCCAGAUUCUGUCGCCGGCGUUCACCCACCAGGGUCAAUGCCGCAGCCGCGUCAGCCAGGCGACCACGUUCGGCCUCCUCGCCUGCUGCGCCGCCUCCUGCUUCCUCCUCUGCUUCACCGACAGCUUCCGCGACGCCCGGGGGAAGGUCCGCUACGGCGUCGCCACUUUCCGGGGGCUGUGGAUCGUCGACGGCUCGGCCGGCGCGGUGAUCGCGGCCGAGGAGGCGGAGAAUUACCGGCUUAUGGUUAUCGAUUUUUUUCACGCGCUGGCGUCGCUGCUGGUGUUCGCGGCGGUGGUGGCGUUCGAUGAGAAUGUGGUGAGGUGCUUCUGCCCGGCGCCGUCGGAGGAGGUGAAGGAGCUGCUGGUGGCGGUGCCGGUGGGCGUUGGGGUUUUGUGUAGCUUGUUCUUUGUUGCCUUCCCCACUAGGCGUCAUGGCAUUGGCUUCCCUCUCUCUCGGAACUAG